UGGAUUGAACGCAGUGAAUGCGUCAGUCACGCCAACAUUUAAAAGCUGCUGCCCUUUAGACAAGCUUGUAGACUGUUAUGGGUUAAUAAGUUCACUGUUGGCAGUUUUGUGUUAAAGCCUGUGAGGAGGACAAACGCAGAAGAGAGACUAAAAUGACCGAUCAACUGCAGUUGCGUAACUUUAUUUGACAGAUUUAUUCACGCCCUUCUCGUCCUCCCUUUCAAAGAAAUCUAACCCACAUCCUCGGUCAGUGUUCCUGACACAAAAUACCAGAUCCAUGAGGCAUCCAGGAAGUGAGUUAGUGGUCAGUGCGUGAGUGGGAUCUGUCUGCUGAGCCCUGCAAUGCAAUUUAUAGAGUUGGGCUGUAAGCGCGCACUCAGCAGUGGUUUUUUAAUCAGAGUUCCUUCAACUGAGUCAUGCAGCUACAGCACACAGGAAGAAGUCCUUGAAGCACACGUGUGGCGGAGGGUAAACUGUUUGUAGUAGGAAUACUUUGCUCUGAAAAAAACAGGAUGCAAAAUAAAGAAUCUCUAGCGGCUCCUUGUGGUGUGAAGGAAUGAAGGCCAUGGAGCUAAAAGUGUGGGUGGACGGAGUGCAGCGCAUUGUGUGCGGGGUCACGGAGUUCACCACAUGCCAGGAAGUGGUCAUCGCUUUGGCGCAAGCCAUUGGACGGACGGGCAGAUACACUUUGAUCGAGAAAUGGCGGGAGACAGAGCGCCACCUGGCUCCAAAUGAAAACCCUGUAGUGUCCCUGAACAAGUGGGGCCAGUAUGCCAGUGACGUGCAGCUCAUCCUCCAGCGCACCGGCCCGUCUGUCAGCGAGCGGCCAACCUCUGAAGGGCUGGCUCGUGUCCCAGAACGAGGUCUAUACCGCCAGAGCCUUCCACCUCUGGCCAAGCUCCGCCCAUCGGGGACAGACAGGUCGCUCAAACGAAAGGAACCCAAACGCAAAUCUCUGACCUUCACAGGAGGCGCCAAGGGUCUGCGGGAAAUAUUUGGAAAAAGCAGAGAUACUGAUGUCAAACAGUCCCAGCAGCACGGUGUGAGUUUAAACCUCAGCAGAGUUGGAGGAGGUGGAAUAGCAUCUGUACCUGGGAGUCCGGCCAGAGAGCUGAGCCGACUGGUGCAGCUGCAGAGAAACAAACUCCAGGCCCUGGAAAGCCGCCUGCUGGGCUGCGAGGCUGAGCUGCGAGACUGGGAGGAGGCCACAGGCGAGGCCAGCGAUGAAGGAAACCUGGAGGAAGAGCUGCUGCUUUUAGAGCAGCAGGUGAGGAGGAAUGACGCCGAGAUGGAGGAGGAGGAAUUCUGGCAGAACGAGUUGCAGAUAGAGCAGGAGAGCGAGUGGCAGCUGCGGCAACAGCUAGCCGAGCUGCAGGGCCGCGUGCGCGACUGUGAAGCCAAGCUUUCGGAGUAUCUAGCUCGCAUACAGAGCAUGGAGGCAGGUGUGGAGCAGGAGCGACUGCAGCAGGAGGCUGAGCUGAAACAAAGGGUCAAUGAGGAAGAGGUACAAGCCCAGCUGGAGAAAGUGAGGGCAGAGUUGGAAAUGCAGAGCCAACAAACAGCACGGCUGGAGAACAGCUGCAGGGCAUUGGAACGCUCGCUCAGCCAGUCAGGCAAGAGAUUACAGGAGAAAGAGCAGGAGCUGGAGCAGCUGACAAAAGAGCUUCGACAGGUCAACCUACAGCAGUUCAUUCAGCAGACUGGUACCAAGGUCACUGUGCUGCCAGCUGAACCAUCAGAAGACAUCAGCAGCGGUAUAAAUACACGUACACACUGACAGAAACUCUACAA